CACCGCCUAUCGCUGUGUAUUCCAAUACAGCACGGCUCCUGGUGCGCACACCGGGCAUUUUUCUCACUCAGUGCUGAUGAGAGCCACCUGCUCUCCAUCUCCCACAUGCAGUGUCUGCGGUUCCAGUAACCGUUUAGCCAGGCCAGUCCGGCUGGGGGAGAGUUGGAGGGCUGACAUGGACAGCUGAAAGGACGGGGCAAGGGCAUCCAGUCAGAACCAAAAUGAGGAACAAACUAUGGCUCCAGAGUAUUUCCUUCUUCCUUUUAUUCCAGUACACAUGGAAGCUGGUAUUGUGUUUUCUCUCUCCAAACCUGCAGCCACAUGUCGUGAAAACCUCACUUGUUUUGUGGACUAUGUGCAGACCCUGUCCUGCCUCCUGAGGAAUGACCUGGGUGCCAGUUCAUACAAUAUCACUGCUACAUGGGUUGAUGAGGACGAUCCAGAAAACACUGUGGCAGCCUGCAGUCUCCUGGAAUUGUCCAGGAGCACCAACCACACAGAAUACAUUUGUACUGUGGACAUGACUGAGCUGCUGGCAGACAUCAAAGUCCAGGUGGAUGUCACAGAGAUAGCUGACAGGCAGCAUGUGAUUUCCAGAAGUUUUUAUAUGAGAGAAAACAUCAGACCACAGCCUCCAUUCAAUCUGACUGCUGUGUUCACAGAAGGUUACAAUAUUUCUUGGGAAACCAUCUACCAGAACCCUCUUUUCUACUUUCUGAAUGAGGAGCUGGAAUAUCAGCUGCGUUAUAAGAGAGGGGCUGACACCUGGGAGACUCAGAAGAUUAAGUCUGUCCAUGAAGACAAACGGACACUGGUGAUCCUGCCAUGGGAACUCCAGGGGAACACUGAGUAUGAAUUCCAAGUGAGAGCCAGACCCCGAGAAGACACUGGCUACUAUGGAUUUUGGAGUGAGUGGAGCUCCCGGCUGACACUGAAAACCAGCCCUGCUGCCGUGACACAGAGAGCAGGCAUGGAGUGGAUGCUGUUCUUUAUUGUUGCCAUGGUGAUCACUGCCUCAAUCACAACCUUUCUGGCCAAGCAGCAGAGCUUGUGGAAGAAGAUCGCUUGCAUCCCAGAUCCAUCUGCCUUUUUCAAACCACUUUACCUGAUGUAUAAUGGAGAUUUCAAGAAGUGGGUUGGUACAUCCCAUAUGAAAAUGACCAUUGAUUUAUUUGAAUGGGAAAUAGUCCCUUCAGAAGUCCUAGAAGUUUUCAGCAUGCGUCCUUCCAACUGCACCUCACAGGAGGAGAUAAAGGAGUUGAAAAAUGAUCUGCCUUGCAAGCCUUGUGUGUCCUGCCUGACCGCCCCAGUCCAAGACAGCCUCCUGUCAGGUGUGAACAGCAGCAGUGUGACUCAGGACCGCUCAUAUGGACAUUUGUCCAUUGACACUGUGACAGUGGCUGAUGAAUUUACACCUUGUAACUGCCAGUGCAACUGUAACCGCAUGUACAGGGAACAAAAGCAUAAUGGUGAUGAAGAUAGUGCUGGAGAAAAUGGUUACCCCAAGGUUAACAUUGAUGACGAAGACAGAAUGCCAUCCAGUGCCUUGCAUCUGUCUGACGUGAGCUCACAGGACAAAAUUCUGGCCUCAGGCACUAUGUCCACAGGUCACCUGAGGACUGCAGGUGCCCCAGGCCACCAGAAAGUUGAAGAGGCUGUGGAAGGAGGGAUGGGGAGCAUCCUAGAAGCCCUCUGCUUGCAUCCUAAUCAGUGGGAUUUGGAAAAUCCAGCUUCUCUACCUUCUCCUGAUGGUGAAAGUGUGUCCUACAGUGAAGGAUCCUGUGACUUUUUCCCGCGCAGUGCAAGGCCUGGUGACAGUUACCCCAUGAUCUGCCUAGAUUUGGACACUAUUGACAGCGGCUUUGUGGACUCGGACUGCGGGAGUCCAGUUGACUGUGACUUUGAGCAAAAUAGCCAGACCAACUGUGGGUCCGUUUCUCUUGAGCAGGAGGGAGAGGACUUUCCGCGGAGCUAUGUCAAGCAGUGGAUCUCCUGCCAUGCUGACAGCCCUGCCAGCGGGACUCAGACAAACUGAGCAGUUGAUUUUGUUCUGCAGAGUAGAGAGCCUUUCCCAUCCUGUGCCAGAAGCAAAGUGUUGGCCAAAUUCAGAAGAAAAAGCAGAGUUUACUCUGUGUAAGCUGUACUACAUACAAUGGAGAACAGUUACAUCCAGAGAGAUACAGGUCUAUUUCUACUGCCACUCAUUCUGUCCACAUUGUAUCAAACCCGGCAUGAUUAAUUUUCUUUCAGCAUUCUUUGUCAAAUCCUUAUAUAAUGACUACAGACUUUAAUUUUUCACAACAAGAAAAAGCAACUGUACCUUUAAAAUUGCUCUUUAGCUUACAUAGAUUUUUUUUUUUCUUUUUUUUUAAAGUAAGCUUGUAAAUAGUAGAGAACUUUAAAGGGUUUUUCCCUGGCAUUCUCUUAUGACUCGAGUUGGAUGUACAUGGAAUCUUAUAAGCGUAUCUAAUGGCAAGUAUGUUUGUUACAUUAAAGUUCCCUUACCCUAUUCUAA